AUGAAAUUAGUAAUAACAGCAUUUAAAGUGCUGGUAGUAGCUGAAUUACUUGCAUUUUUAGGUUUUAGAACUAAAUAUGGACUUGUAAGUGCAGAGAAGAAAGUUAGUGUGAGCGAGAUAGUGUUUGAGAGCCCUAUUGAGAGUUUGGAGUGGGCUGGCACAGACCAUAAUGUAGUUAUUGCAAAGACACAAAAAGGUCAUGUCUACAGAUCAACUAAUAGAGGUAAGAACUGGAGAGAUAUCACAGAUGUGUUGGCAAGAAUGGGAUCGAAUUCGUCUUCUUCGAGUUACUCUCACCUAAAUGGUUUUUCUAUCAAGUCAAUUACAAUCAGUCCUGUCGAUAAGAAUAUUAUUUUAAUAGUUGGUUCAAAGCACAGCCACUUUAUAUCCUCGAAUGCAGGUGAGACUUUCAGAAGAAUAUCUCAUUCGGGUACUAUACACACAUGGAUAUUUCAUCCAAACAAGCCCAAGCUCGCCUUAUUUUCUUCUUGGACUGAAGGAUGUAACAAGUCUUUUCUUCAAACCUUAAAGAAAAGUAAUUCAGCUGGAAAUAAGUGCAUACAUCAGCUAUUUUUUACGAAGGAUUUGGGGGCUACGUACCAGAAAGUUGUUGACUAUGUGGUUCAAUUCCAUUGGGAUGGUAAUAAUAAGGCAAACCAAAAUAGAAUUUUUUUCACACACCACAGAAAAAAACAGGGAGAUCAACCCAGAUUUGGUGGUUGGAUGAAGACCAUAGACUUUUCUUUUACUGAUGACUUUGGAAGUCAUAUUGAGACUCCAGUUAGAGGAGGAAAUAAGUUUUUAGCUUCGAAUGGCUAUAUCUUUGUUGCAAAAAUACUUGAUUAUGAAAGACAAACAGUAUCUCUACUUGUAUCUACCAAUGAUGCAAAUUCUUUCACUCAGGUUCAGUUACCACAUACAUUGACUGAAAAGAGUUAUACAAUUUUGGAUACUUCAGAAAAAACCGUUAUGCUUCAUGUUAAUCACGGAGAAGACUCUUUAAAGGGUACUGGUAAUAUUUAUAUUAGCAACUAUUCUGGUACAAGAUUUGCUCUCUCUCUUAUGAAUAACGUUCGAACUUUAACUGGAGAAUGUGAAUUUGAUAAAGUUAUGUCUUUGGAAGGAGUAUAUAUCGCUAAUGUUAAGAAUGAUGAACUUGAUAAUGACUUUGGGCACAUUUCUGCUACUUUACACGAAUUUACAGAGUCAGAAACAGAAGAUGAGGAUGUAGAAACUUCAAAAACAGAACACAAAACUAAAAUGGGGAAAAUAGAGCAACCUAUCAGGACCGUAAUAACUUUUGACAAAGGUGGUGAAUGGAACUAUUUAAAGGCCCCAACAGUUGAUAGUAGAGGUAAUAGGAUAGAUUGCGACGAAAGUGAUGGGUGCUACUUACAUCUUCAUGGAGUUAGUAAUUACCAAAGUUUGGCUCCUUUCUAUUCUGUUGAAAAUGCAGUUGGCAUAAUUCUCGGAACUGGUAAUGUAGGCAGCUAUUUGUCAUUUGAUCAUGAUGAUGUUAAUACCUACAUGUCCAGAGAUGGAGGACUUACCUGGCAGGAAGUACACAAGGGAGCUUUCAUUUAUGAGCUCGGAGAUUUUGGAGGUCUUAUUGUGAUGGCAAAUGAUCUUAAGCAUACGAACCAGGUCAUUUUCAGCUGGAAUGAAGGCAUGUCCUGGUAUGAUUUUGAGCUAGGUAGCAAACCUUUGCAAGUUGAUAACAUCUUAAUUGAACCAAAUAGUUCUUCUAUGGAAUUCUUACUAUAUGGAUCCAGAGGGAAAUCUGGAAUCCUAUACCACUUAGACUUUAACACUCUUGGACAGGUACAGUGCGUGGGAGCUGCCACCCCGGAUAGACCUGAUUCUGACUAUGAAACUUGGAGUCCACAUGACGGCAAAAAUUCAGAAAAGUGUAUGUUGGGCAAACAACUUCUUUACACAAGAAAGAAACAAACAGCAGAGUGUUAUAAUGGCCAAGACUUUAGAAGACCUAUUGAAAAAAAGAUUUGUACUUGUACUGAAGAGGAUUUUACAUGUGAAUUUGGGUUUUCCAGACAAAUUGGAAGUUUUGAAUGUAGGCCUGAAAGUCUUGAUAUUGUCUUUGACGAUGUCAAAACUGGCCAAUGCACAUCAUCGGGUAUAUUCUAUGUAACUGCCUACAGGAAACUACCUGGUGAUGCUUGCUCUGGCGGUUGGGUACCUCCACCUGUAGCAAUUCCAUGCCCUGGCCAUGCACCAACAAGUUCUCAUGCUAGAAUUGUUCUAGUCAUUGCAUUGUUCAUUAUCAUUUUCAUGCUUAAACAAGGAAUGUUUGGUGACUGGACCCGAUUUGGUGAAUUGGGAUACGAUGCCUAUAAGAAUGUUCAGUAUAAAGUAUUAGGAGUAGCAAAAAGAAGGAGCUCUUCUCUACAGGGAAUUUUGAGUGCAAUUUCCUCAUAUAUUAACGGAGACUCCUCCAAAGUAGUCUUUGGAUCAUCAAACGUACCAGGAUCCUCUCCUGGGAUGAUGAAAAACAACUAUACAACUUUAAAUAAUUUUAACUCAAAUAUGUUUAUGGAAGAUGAUGAGGAUGAGGAUGAUCAUGCUCUUGAUAAUAUGACCAAAAUAUCUGGAAAUAUUAAUCAUAACAUUAAUAAUAAUAAUAAUAAUUAUAACAGCAGAGUUGGUUCUGGGUCUAACCUCUCACAAAGACAGAGAUCAAUUAGCAACAAUUAUACAUCUGCAAUCCAGAAUAAUUCAGCUAUGGAUCCAAUCUUUGAUGAUCUUGAUGUUUUUGAAGAAGAUUUAGAUUCACAUGCAAUUUUUAAUCAAAAUAACGGGUUGAGCAACUUGGAUCCCAAAAAUGAUAUUAUAUCAUCUAAUGCUCCAAUAAAUUUUGACAGCUUCAAUCCAACAGAAUUGGAGGUCAACUUAUCUUCAAUGUCAAAUACAUCUUUCCCGAAGAUCACUCCUCCCCCAACAAGCAAUAGCAAAUCAAAUAUUGGGAACAACUUCACUCAAGAAGACUCUAAUGGGAUUGAACUUUUAUAG